CUCUUUUUCUCUUCAUUGUUGUAAUAUGUCGUUUCCGCUCCCUCUCAGAGGUCAAUUGAGACCCUACACGUGUAGAUCGUGUCUUAUCCGCCUGUCUAAGGGCUCAGGUCGCUCCUUCUCAUCCAACAAACUCCCGCGUAGGCACAUCACGCCAGACACGCCGGCACGAACCCGUUUCGCGCCGUCGCCAACAGGAUACCUCCACCUCGGCUCCCUCCGCACUGCUCUCUUCAACUACCUCCUUGCAAAACACACCGGCGGCCAAUUCUUGCUCCGAAUCGAAGACACCGACCAGAAGCGUACUGUACCCGAUGCUGAAGAGCGGCUGCUCAGAGACCUACGAUGGGCCGGUUUGCAAUGGGAUGAAGGGCCCGAAGUCGGGGGUCCUUACGGCCCGUACAAGCAAUCUGAAAGAAGCCAGUUAUACAAAGAUCACGCGCAGAAGCUACUCGAUUUAGGCCACGGCUACCGCUGUUUCUGCACGCCAGAGCGCCUUCAUCAGCUCGCCGAGUCACGACAUGCCUUGGGACUCGCCACUGACUACGACCGCGCCUGUGCCGGUAUCUCGCGAGAAGAGUCUGAUGGCCGUGCUAGCCGCGGCGAGAAGCACGUUGUCCGGCUCCGCGUACCAGACGAAUACUUGGAAUACGACGACCUCGUCUAUGGUACCUUCAAACCGCUCAAACAAGGCCCCCGCGCCGACCAAGCCUUCGAAGAUCCCAUCCUCUUGAAAUCCGACGGUUUGCCAACCUACCAUCUCGCCAACGUCGUCGACGACCACCACAUGCAUAUCACCCACGUCAUCCGGGGCUCGGAAUGGAUGCCGUCGACGCCGAAGCACAUCGCCAUGUAUGCAGCAUUUGGGUGGGAGCCGCCGGCAUUCGCGCACGUGGGGUUGCUUGUCGAUGAGCAGGGAAAUAAACUCAGCAAGCGGAAUUUCGACACCGACAUCUCUGCCUUCAAGGAAAUGGAGAUUUUCCCAGAAGCCCUGACAAACUUCGCCGCGCUGCUUGGUUGGAGCCACAAAGCACACAGCGAUGUCAUGGACUUGCAAAAUCUCGUCGAAACAUUUAUGCUCAAGUUCACCAAGGGGAACACCACCGUCACGUUCGGUAAACUGUAUUUCCUACAGCGCAAACACGCUGCCCUCCGCGCUGAGGCCGCUGGCUCGGGCCUUGAGGAAAUGGUCCAGGCUACUGUUCGCCUACUCCAAGCUCUGAAUUCCCCGUACCAAGAAUGGGAGCCUCUCCUCGCUAAGAGGAAGAUAGGGGUGGAAGACUACAUCCGCCAAAUCAUCCAAUCCGACGCCUCCAACUAUACUAACGCCAACGAAUUCCUACGCCGCAAUGCCUUCAUGUUCAAACCCCUCCGCAACCCAUCUUCUUUCACCGAGAGAGAGGGAAUUCCUUCGGAAUCAAAGCGUCUAUCAGAAAUACCCGAACCAGAUUGGAAUAAGAAAGCGAUUAAGGAGAAAGUAUGGCAGAUUAUUGAGGCUGGAGAUGAUAGCAGAAACCAACCGAAACAGGUGUUUUAUUAUUUGAGGACGGCGUUGACGGGCACGGAGGAGGGGAUGCGGAUCUAUGAUGUUAUGGUGAUUUUAGGGAGGAGGGAGUGUUUGAGGAGGCUAGGUGCUGAAGUAGGGGGGGAGCGUAGGUAGGGAGGGGAGGAUUGGAGUGUUGGGUGGUGUGGUUGCAGGAUAAGUGUAUGGAGAAAGGGACAGGGACUUUUUUUAGAGGAGUUGUAGGAAUAUUGUUACAUGCCAGAUGCGGAAUCGUGAUGUAGCGAGAACU